AUGUCGAGCCUUCCACCUGGACCUGAUGAGCCCGAUGGCAACCACUCCCCUGCCAUCACAUCGACGACAUCCAGCUUCAUGGGCCGCCCGCCCCUCCAUCGCAGCGUAAGUCGCGGCUCGCAGUGGUCUGCUGCUGAAACUCCCCGCCAUCACCUUCAAGGGACGUCCUACUUUCCCGAGCCAGUCAGCGCCACUCCCCCCACCCAUCGGCGCAGUACUCAAGCAUUGAGGAACGCCUCAGCAGGCUCGAGGCGACAGCGUCCUGCUCGAAGCACGAGCAUGACGAGUUCACACGCGACGACGCUCAGCGAGGAGAAUGAGGAAGAGAACGACAACAGCAGCAGCAGCACAAGCAGUGACCACAUUCUUGAGGAAGAGGCUGACGCCGAAGUUGCGGCCGACGCGGAGGACGAGCAUGAGCACGAAGAAGACCUGAUUACGCUUAAGGACCGACAAUCGCUCAUCAACGUCGAGCACCCAUUCGGGCUGCCGAUCUGGAAGCCUGCAUUGUAUAAGAAGUCGCGCUCGGUGACGCGGUACGCGGACCAGGCGCUGCACUCAGUGCCGUCCGCACAGGCAGAACGCCAUUUGCUUCCGGGCAACAUCCUGUGGACGGUCGCGUUCGGCUGGUGGCUCGCACUCUGCUGCCUCGUAGUUGCGGCCAUGCUAUACGUCGUGCCCAAUGGAGGACGGCAGUACGCGACGCUCAUGUUCGGCCUCGGGUGGUACAUCGCAUGGCCGUUUGGCAAGUACGUCGAGGGCGACCCCGGAAGUACUCACACAGAUGACGAGGAGCGCGCGUCUGAUGCUAAUGCAGAGCACCCGGACGGGUCUGAGGCAGGAGAUGAGCAAGCACAAUCGUCAAGUGAAGCGGACACUGACUCCACACCGCGAGGAGACGCCUCUGAGGCGAGCCAUGACACAAUCACGCCGGGCGUAUUGGAACCGUCAACAGGAUAUUCAACAAUUAGACCCCAUGCAGCGCGGCGCCUGCAGGCAGGCUCUUGGAAUGAGGUGCCAGUGCCGGCCCCAACGGCUACGACAGCCUUGCUUACCGGGACAAUGGCUACAGCGGCGGGGACGACUCCUCAGUUGCGGCCGUCCAAGUCUUACGGUGCUACGGAGUUCAUGCCCAUCGCUCCUCCACAGUCAUAUUCGAUCGGGGCGCAAGAAGGCAAACACAGCGAUCUGCUCGGGAAGGCAGUCUUCCGGCUGCUGUUCAUCCUCAUCAUCGCUCCUCUCAUGUUUGUGGUCUCCGUGAUAUGCUGGGCCCUCAUUUUCACCAUUCCUAUGGCACGACUCAACUGGGCUCUGAUGAGAUACCUCAUCGAACAGCCAACACACAUCCGUUUCUGUGCUGCGCCGGUCGUUGCGGUUGCUGGGCAUCAAUCCGGCACGUCGGAGGAGCAAGGCGAGGAGGUUGGUGCGCCUCGAGAAGCGCCUGUCUCGUUCAAGCCUGCGAGAUUGGCUGCUGGGCAAACCGCGCCCUUCGGUUCACCCACAUCCACUGUCUUGUUGUGUACGUACAAGGCGUUUGGGUGGAAGUAUUACAAAUACACCGUCGGCGGUGUCAACAUAAUCUUCGUGAACCUGAUGGCCAUCGUGUUUUUCGUCAUCCUCGACUGGUUCGUGCUCGUGCCUCUGAUUGAGCGCAAACAGAAUGCUGGAGAUCACGUCCCUGGCAUCCUUGUAUUUCUAACGUCGCGUGCGCUGAUAUUCAUCAUGAGUCUGGCCAGUGUCAUCCCGCUGUCAUAUUUCAUUGGUAUGGCGGUGGCUUCCAUCUCGGCGCAAUCCUCCAUCGGAAUGGGUGCAGUCAUUAAUGCGACCUUUGGCUCGGUCAUCGAAGUGAUCCUAUAUGGCAUUGCUCUGACACAAGGUAAAGGCCACUUGGUCGAGGGCUCCAUCGUCGGAAGUUUACUGGCCGGUGUGCUGCUGAUGCCCGGAGUGAGCAUGUGUAGUGGCGCCGUUAGGACGAAAGAACAGAAGUUCAACGCCAAGAGUGCUGGAGUUACCAGCAUGUUGUUAAUUAUGGCUUUCAUCGGAACGCUUGCGCCGACAUUGUUUUACCAGAUUUAUGGCGGUUUCCAACUGGUCUGCGACGGAUGCCCUUCCAUAAAUGCAAGCACUCCUUGGACGUGCCAGCAUUGUUACUACAAGCAUCCUGAUCCUGUCGACGAUCCUUUUUAUCAGUCAACGGUAAAGACAUUCAUGUUCUUCUGUGCUGUCGUUUUGUUGCUGUCCUAUCUCAUUGGUCUGUGGUUCUCACUGCGUACGCACGCCAGCCAGAUUUGGCAGAACCCACAACAACUCCUCCACGCCAUGGAGAUGUCCACACAGGCCGGCCUGAACAGGGUGUCCCUCUACCAACGACUCGUUCCUGGUGCUCAUUCGUCCUCUCAGCAUCUAUCGCAUCCCUUGCAGCACAAGCAGAGCGCUGUCAGUGCAUCGGCAGAGAGUAUGAUCCAUUCAGGUGGCCAGACGCCGACCAAUCCAAGCACCUCAUUGAGUCCUAAUGCUCAUGCUCCUGUUACCGCUCCUCAAAGCCAGCCUUCGUCAUCUACGACCGGGAAACGGAUCUCAUAUGCUAAUCCGCCAGUUUUGCAGGGUGGUCUGUCGCCGUUCAUAGAGAGCGUCGACCAUGCGAUGAAGGACACUGGUCUUCACCCCACGUCGUUACCUGAGAAUAUGACAACAGACGAUUUUACGAGGGCGGUGGCGGUUGCGACCGUUAGCGCCCUGAGGCAUCAGCAGAAAUAUGCUCGUUCGCCCGCGAGAAUGCGAGCAUCAGCUGCGGAACUGGAGGGAGCUGGUGCACAUGGCGGACAUGAUGCGCCAUCUUGGAGUCGAACGACAAGCGCUAGCGUACUGUUGGCCUGCACUGCAUUGUAUGCCAUCAUUGCAGAACUACUUGUCAAUGUGGUUGACGUCGUACUCGAGGGUUCUGGUAUCGAGGAGAAAUUCUUGGGAGUGACGCUGUUUGCAUUGGUUCCCAACACAACCGAGUUUAUGAACGCGAUCUCAUUCGCUAUGAAUGGCAACAUUGCUCUUAGCAUGGAGAUAGGUUCAGCGUAUGCCUUGCAGGUCUGUCUGCUUCAAAUCCCUGCAAUGGUAGCAUUUUCCGCAUGGUAUGCGCCUGAGAAGAUGGGAUCCGUUGCGGAUACUUUCACGUUGAUCUUCCCUCGAUGGGAUGUUGUCGUGAUCAUUCUGUCUGUCUUCUUAUUGACCUACACAUAUAUCGAAGCGAAAAGCAACUAUCAUCGCGGUAGCAUCUUGAUUCUGAGUUACCUUGUCUUAAUCUCCGGAUUCUAUUUCGCUCCAAAGGACUUCGAUGACCAGCGAGACGAACGAGUCUUGAUUCCGUACUCCUACAUUGUAUCUAUCGCAUCCCAUUUUCUCUCGUCAUAGCAUCGGUUACAACAUACUCGCUUUCUAUCACCGCCUAUUUAUCUCGUCGUCCAUGUUUUCAUAUAAGUACAACAAUGUCCCUUCCUUAUCGCCAGUCAUGACCAAUGUUUCGUCAUCCACAUUGGAUAUUUUGGAGUGUAGGUGGCUGCUGAAUCAGUGUAGGCUCUGUAGUUUCUCCAAUAUAUCUUCCACUUCGGCUUGUGACAUCUUGACACGCUCUACUUCAAUUUCGCCUUGGAGGUAUGUGGAAGGGUUAGAUAACAAAAGGAACUGCUCCAGGAAGUCCCCAUCGAGGAAUCCAAAUGCUGACUCUGCCUCGCUGUGCCCUUUGGAGUUAGCAGGAGCUCUGUACCU